AUGGAUGAAGAGGAGCAUUUUGUGAACAUCGACCUGAACGACGACGACAAUAUUUGUAGUGUUUGUAAGCUGGACACAGACACUGGGACAUUAUCGUUUUGCCAUAUCUGCUUUGAACUCAGUAUGGAAGGUGUUUCGGCUGUUACCCUGCUGCACUCUAAAUCUCUUCGUGGCCACAGAGACUGCUUUGAGAAAUGUCACCUCAUCGCCAAUCAGAACUUGUCCCGUUCCAAGGAGUCCCGAAGUGCCUACGAGGGCAUGAAGCUCGCCCUCAGCCAAAAACUGAAUCGUAUCAUCCAGUAUGCCCAGAACAAAGACCCCAAUGCCCCCAGCAGAAGAGGGGCUAAACUCUUUGGUUACAGUCAGCAUGACGACUGCAAGCUGCUGCCACAGACGGACGCACAGGUGCCCCGCUACGCUCCUCACUGGGACAGCAGGAAAGCCACUGGGCUGCCCGAUUACACCAUGGGCAUGCUGGACACUGUGGAGGAGCUGAGCUUGUUGCAGGAGGCAGAGACUGCGGUCUGGUCCAGCAGCAGAAAUGGACUUCAUAGUAAUGCACCAUGUGGAGGCGGAGCACAGCACAGACAUCACGGCUACAGCAGAGAUGAAUUGACAAAAUUGAGUGUGGAUGAGCUUCACCAGCUGAAUGACCAACUCCUGCUACAAAUUCAAAAGAUCUUUGAAGAGCUGACGGAGGUAGUCAAGGAGAAGGACUCGCUAGCCUCAGAGUUGCAUGUGCGCCAUAUUGCCAUUGAACAGCUGUUUAAGAACUGUGCCAAGCUGCCCUGGCUGCACAUUAGCAGGGCUGGGGUGAAGGCCAGCAGUGCAGCUCCUGGAGAGUGA